CUGGCUUUGAUUGCUUUAACAUCAGCAACCAAUUCUGUCUGAUUCUUUGAGGACUGAACCGAUCGCAACUGAACCUAUUUCAGAAGCUGGAAGAGGCCGUCAUUUGUUCAUCAGGUAACGUCUUUGUUUCAAGAAAAGACUGACCGUGUGGUAGGCCCAGGAUUAGUUUCGAUGUCACCACAACAAAGUAAUAACACAGGUAUAUGAAAACAUUCGCAAAUAAUAUCACACAGCACAUGUGGGCGUGGAAGUAGCGAGAAGCAGAGAUCAUAGUUUUUUUUUUUUAGCGUACCAGGAAAAACGCCAACACACCUGCCAAGUGCCGAAAGGCGAGUCAUAUUGCUUUUGCUACUCCCGCGCCCGCUGAAGACGGUGUCGAACGGCCGGGAGUUAAAGAAGGCACCAGGGGUUUACGUCACCGGUGAUGACGCACAUGCGUAGUAGAUUCGGCAAGGCUGUCCGGAUGGAUUCAGUAGGGAGUAGUUAUCGGGGAUGUGAUGAUCGGCGUAUUCGUCUGGUAGUGCAGCACAGUCGGGACGGUCAGCUAAGGCGUCAGAGGCAAGCGCUGACCACAGCAGGAAAGACGCCAGGAAAGCCUGCGAAGUGCCGAAAGGCGGAAGAGACGCUUCCUGUCCCAUCAGAGCGGCACCUUCAGAUGUCGGAGCAGCCGUCGUCCGAGUCUGCAGCCGUUCAACCCGAGCUGUACGACGUGCCACUAAAGGAAAAUAAGGCGGCUGGCAUGGUGGAGGCGAUCACUAGCGAGGACCUGCCCAUGCAGCCAGACUCUGCCAACCAGACAUGCAACUCACUGCAGGAUUCAGCGCAAACGCAACUUUCCCCAGUUCUGAAGACGCUUCCUGUCCCAUCAGAGCGGCGCCUUAAGAUGUCGGAGCAGCCGUCGUCAGAGUCUGCAGCCGUUCACCCCGAGCUGUACAACGUCCCACUAAAGGAAAACCAGGCGGCUGGCAUGGCGGAGGCGAUCACUAGCGAGGAUCUGCCCAUGCAGCCAGACUCUGCCAACCAGACACUCAACUCACUGCAGAAUUCGGCGGAAGCGCAACUGUCCCCAGUUCCGAGCCCAAAGAAGCACGCACCUCCACCAUCCGAGGACCAGCCGGUGACACCUCCGCUGUUGCAGCGAAACAUGCUGCUAGUGCGCCGCAAGACCGCACCGGUGUUGGCCAAAGUCCCGGACUCUCGUUCGGUGGACCCUGCAUCCACUCCACUAAUUAGGGCCAGGAGUGUUCUGGCAAAUCAGUAUCUGCAGCGUAUUGGACAUCUGCGUAGCGCGCAAGGAGACCACACCUGCCAGCUGGCCGAGGAUACCACGAGCAUCGAAGAGGCCACCCUGGAGCCAUCUGAAAACUGCAAGAAAGAAGAGUUUGAGGAGCUCACCCUUAAAUUGCACGACGCUGAACAAAGUGCGGUGACGCCGCAGGCGCAUCAGCAGCCGGAAGGGGACGCGAAGUCCAAGGAUUUCGAAACCCUUCCUGUCUGCGGACGUAUUGCAUUUUGGAGGAAGCGAGAGAGUCACGCGGUCUACAAGGGCAUAUUCUCCAGGUCGAAACAUCAAUUGUGGGGGGCUCCGGACUCCAACGUGUGCAAGCAGGGGCGUUUGCAGAUCUCCGACACUGGGUUGCGACCUGAUCCACAGCAAUGACUCUUUUUUUCCUUUAGUUUUAGUCUAGUUUAAAAUAAGAAAUUUAGAAAACUACAGUUUUCUACUUUACCUUUGCUUUUAAUUUCUACAUUUCAAUUAAAAACAAGUGAUUCACCCUA